CUUCAAGAAACCUUCCUGUGAUGCCAGUAGACCGGUUUGGACAGAUAUCAACGGUUACAGUGGCUAAAAUGGCACAUUUUAGGAUUGUAAACUGUUGAAAUAGAAAGUAAACAUCUGCUAACUGCAUCAAUAUAUAUUGAAGACGGACUCCACUUUUGACCUUUAGACCACGUCACACCUGCCAUCAAUAUGUUAGGUUAAGAAAGUCUGAAGUCUUCGAUCUUUGACACCGCAGUGAGUGUUUCCCCAGAAGACCAGGCUUUAGCAUUGCUGGACUGUUGAAGGAGCUUUCAUCAAGAUGUUUACCGCUCUGAAGAAGCUGGUGGGCUCUGAAGCAGGGCAGCUCCGGGAUAGAAAUAUUCCUGCAGGCCUGCAGUCCAUGAACCAGAAUCUACAGAGGCGUUUCGCCAAGGGCGUGCAAUAUAACAUGAAAAUAGUCAUCCGUGGGGACAGGAACACGGGUAAAAGUGCACUUUGGCACCGGCUUCAAGGGAAAAAGUUUCUGGAAGAGUACAUCCCCACGCAGGAGAUCCAGGUCACCAGCAUUCACUGGAACUACAAAACAACAGACGAUGUAGUGAAAGUUGAAGUCUGGGAUGUGGUAGAUAAAGGGCAAAAGCUUCCUCUUCCAGAAGGUGUAGGGAAAGGGAAAAGACGCGGAGAGAAUCUGAAAUUGGAUAAUGAACCUCAGGAGUCAGAAACCGAGAUGGCUCUCGACGCAGAGUUCCUGGAUGUUUAUAAGAACUGUAACGGUGUGAUCCUGAUGUUCGACAUCACCAAACAGUGGACGUUCAACUACAUCCUUAGGGAGUUGCCAAAAGUGCCGACACACAUCCCAGUGUGUGUCCUGGGUAACCAGCGGGACAUGGGCGAGCACAGGGUCAUCUUACCCGACGACAUCAGAGACUUCAUCAACAGUCUGAACAGACCGCCGGGCUCCUCCUACAUCCACUAUGCAGAGUCCUCCAUGAAAAACGGCUUUGGUCUCAAAUACCUCCAUCGCUUCUUCAACACCCCAUUCCUGCAGCUGCAGAGGGAGACUCUGUUACGGCAACUGGAGACAAAUCAGCUUGACAUUGAUGCCACACUAGAAGAGCUCAGUGUUCAGCAGGAGACCGAGGACCAGACCUAUGACAUGUUAGCUUAUGGCUCUCCAGCGCCCUCUAAUGGCCAGAGCCCAUCCUCAGGCUCCCAGUCCCCUGUGGUGCUGCCCGGUGCCGCCUCUCCCAGUAACUCCAGCCCCAGUACCCCACAGGCCCCUGUCCCGCUCCAGACCCAGUCUGCCCCUCCACCACCGCCAUCUAUACCACACCCUCCCGCCCAGACCACAGCCGCCCAUGUACCCCAGACACCAUCACAAACACCUCCUCCUGCCCAGAAACGAGGCUUCAUGUCACGCCUGUUCGGAUCGUCCGCUGCAGAGGCGUCACCAGACAAACCAGAACCUAUGGGCUCUGAAGACCCGAAGCCCUCUGGAAAGGUGAAGAGUGUGGAUGACUUUGUGCCGGGGGUGGGCAUGGAACGGACCUUUCUGGAAGAUGGUGGAACAGCAGUUAAAUCAAAGAACAAACCUCCAGCAUCAGCUCCCAUCCUGGACAGUGAUAGUGAUGGUGAGGGACGGGGAAAUCCUCUGGUCUCCAGCUUCCAGGAUGAUUUAGAUCCGGAUGACAGAGCGCUGUCCCAGCCUGCCGUUAAAGCGGCGGUCCCGAGCAUGGGCGUCACACUCACGAGUGAUGAAGAGGAGGAAGAUUCAUCUCUGCCCUCUGCUGCCCAGCACAAAGGCAUUGGCUCGGGCCCAAACUCAAAGGGAUCUACAGUGAAUUCUGUCAAACAGCUGCAAACCAAGUCUAAACCAGCUGAGAGACCCCAAAGCCUGAAAACCCCAGCAGGACCUGCAGUGCAGCGACUGAAGACAGGAGGCGCUGUUGAGGCCGACUCCGAUUCAGACCAAGAGGCUCCAGUCGCUCAGCAGAUGCUUUCAUUUGUCAUGGACGACCCUGAUUUUAAGAACGAAGAGUUUGACGGACACAAGAUCAAGAAGGGCACUUUUUCUGCACGAGAUGACUUAUCUGACCGGUCGGAUGAUGGGUUUGUGUUAGCUGGACUCCCAGAGCCCCCCAAACCUGCUGCCCCGUCAUUUAAGACCCUCAACAGUGACAUUGACCUGUUCGGCCUGGGAUUUGAAGAGACAACGCCUAAGAAUAAAGACAGCAGUGAAGACCAGGAAGAUAAUGAAAGCAGACACUCCACAAAGGACAAGAAAAAGAAGAAAAAGAAAAGCAAAGAGGAGGACGAGAAAAGCAGCAAGAAACGACACAAACACAAGAAAAAGGAAAAAGAUGAGGCGGGAACAGGAGACGAGAAAGAAAAGAAGAAGAAGAAAUCUUCAAGGACCAAGAAAGCAGGAACUGUGGACGAUCUUGAGGCCUUCCUGGCAGGUGGAGACGGACCAGGAAAGAGUGAGGGCGGAGACUAUGAAGAACUCUAACCAAUCAGGGUUUGACAUCCACACCAUGUGACAUCGCCAGGUCAUUUUCCAAUCCAUUCCACCUGUUUUUCAGUGCCUAACCUUUUGAGUUUUCACAGCGUUUUUGUUCUUCCAGCAUUGCAGCUUUUUAAAUUGGUACGUGGCACCGUUGUUCACUUCAUGCUGUUUUCCAGUAUUUUCAGACAUAACUUUUAGAUGCAUUUUCAAAUGAUCGAGAGUUUAUUCCGUUAUUAACUGAUUAGAACUCUAAGUCGUUCCACAAAGACUUGAAGUAAUUUUAGCUUUGUUGGUUUUGUUUUGUGUGUGUCUUUGUCAAUGUGUGUGUGUG